AUGUCAUCAACGGUCGUCACUAAUGUCGAGGAGAGCCUCCAGUCCAUCUGGGCUCAUGUCCUCAACCUGCCCCAUGUUCCUCUCGACCAGUCCUUCCUUUCGAUAGGAGGCGAUUCCAUCUCUGCUAUGCAGGUUGUGGGUCAAUGUCGCAAAGAAGGCAUGAGUCUUGGCGUUCAAGAAGUCUUGCGAAGCAAGUCUAUCACACAGUUAUCCACCUCUGUCAAAGAAGUCGGAACUUCAGCCUACGACCACGAGGAAUUCUUUGACGAGGAUUUCGACCUCUCACCCAUUCAGUCACUCUUUUUCCAACGUCCAAACACGAACGGUCACUUCAACCAAUCCUUUUAUCUACGAGUGGCGCGUAAGACCGACGCCGGCGAUUUUCAAUCGGCAGUGGAACAACUCGUGACACGCCACUCUAUGCUGCGAGCAAGGUUCACCCACUCGCCUGAACAUGGAUGGCAGCAACGUCUUACAAAUGAUAUCGACGGCUCUUAUCGCUUUCGUCAUUUGGCAGUAUCAUCACAAGCUCAGAUCGAUACUCAGAUUGCGGACUCGCAACAAUGCUUCGACCACGUCACUGGCCCGUUGUUCGCUGCUGACUUCUUCGAUUUUGGAGAAGAACAGUAUGCAUUCCUAACCGGUCACCAUCUAGUGGUUGAUCUGGUCACGUGGAGGUUGCUGCUAGAAGAGCUUGAGGAGAUCCUCAAAGGUGGACAGCUACUUGCACCUGCCCUUCCAUUUCAGAAGUGGGCCGAGUUGCAGCGUGAUCAUGCUGAGUCUCUCGAACUUGAUGAAGUCCUCCCUGCUGUUGACGUUCCUCCCAUGGACUUUACAUAUUGGGGCAUCCAGCAUCAAGAUAACACGUACGGCAAUGCUAGUCAUGCCAGUUUUGAGCUGGAUAAGGAGCUUAGUUCCGCUUUCCUGACUAACUGUCACGCCGCUUACAAGACUGAGCCGGUCGAAGUCUUGCUUGCAUCUCUAAUUCAGUCAUGGUCACAUGUCUUUACAGACAGGCCUGUCCCUGCUAUCUUCAACGAAGGACAUGGGCGUGAACCAUGGGACUCAGAAAUUGACAUCACUCGGACAGUUGGGUGGUUCACAGCACUAUCCCCAAUCCUUGUGUCACCAUCGAAAAAUCCUACAGACACUGUUCGCAAGAUCAAAGAUUUCAAACGCCGCAUUCCUGGCAACGGACGACCAUAUUUUGCUAGACGAUGUCUUACUGAGGAUGGCCGUGACAACUUUCAGACACAUUGGCCCAUGGAGAUCUUGUUUAACUAUCUCGGCCAGUAUCAGCAACUUGAGAGGGCUGAUGCUCUCCUUCAGCCAUCAGGCACCAUGGCAGGUGAGACAGGCAAGGCUGGCGGCACGUCCGACUUCGGCCAUGAAACCUGCAGGUGGGGCCUCUUCGAAAUCUCCGCCUUCGUCUUCAAAGGUCAUCUCAAGGUUGCCUUCACCUUUAAUCGACACAUGAGCCAUCAACCGCUCAUUCAACGAUGGGUCUCGGAAUGCCAGGACACCAUUUCCAACAUGAUCCGCGGUCUUACCCUUCUAGACCCCAAGCCAACCCUGAGCGACUUUCCACUACUGUCAUUGACAGAUGAAAGCUUUUCGACCAUGAUUGACAGCUUCUCAGCCAUGGAUAUCUUAGACACCGACGUAGAAGACAUCUAUCCUUGUUCAAGAAUGCAAGAAGGGCUGCUAUUGUCGCAGAGUAAAGACGCCGGGUUUUACGCUGCGGCUACUCUUCACGAGGUCACGACUUUGGAUGAGAAGAUCGCGCCCGAGGUAGUUGCUGAUGCCUGGCAACAAGUAGUCGAACGACACCCAGCGUUGCGCACAGUCUUCAUCGAAAAUGUUGGUGCAAAGGGUCUUUAUAACCAGGUUGUCCUUAAGCACAUCGACGCUAAUAUUGUGUAUCUUGAUGCAUCGGACGAGACAGAUGCUAUCAGACUGAUCGAGGAACAACGCUCAGUAAGCUACAACUACGGCCGAUGCCCAAACCACCGUUUCACCAUCUGUACCACAGCUGAUCAGAGGAUCUACUGUUCUCUGGACAUCAGCCAUGCCAUCAUGGACGGCCAUUCCAUGAGUCUGUUAGUCGAUGAACUCAGGAAAGGAUGUGCGGGCCAUUCCCUUCUCGAAGGCACACCAUACAGCGCAUACAUUGCAUGGCUUGCAAAACAGCCCGAGGAGUCUAGUCUUGAGUUCUGGAAAUCCUACCUUGGAGGCAGUGAGGUCUGCUCUUUCCCGAUCCUUGACGACGGACUAGGUCAAACUGUGGCGAAGGAACUCGUCACCAUCCGUCUCGAUCUUACCAGUAUCAGUCUGGCCGAUUUGCAGCAUUUCUGCAACACCAACGGCAUCACCAUAUCUAACGUCUUUCACACUGCAUGGGCACUGACACUCAGCUGCUACAUCGGAAGUAAUGAUGUGACCUUCGGCUAUCUCACCUCCGCGCGUGAUGCGGAAGAAGUCCAUGGAGUAGAGAGUAUCGUGGGUCCGCUGAUUAAUACACUCGUCUGCCGUGUGAACCUAUCGGAUGGCUCUCGUUGUCUCUUGGAUAUCCUACAGGAUGUGCAAAGAGACUAUAUGGAAGCCCUGCCACAUCGCCACAUAGCGUUGCCUGACGUUCAGCAUGUGCUUGAGCUUUCCGGUGCUAGUCUCUUCAACACCGCGCUCUCUUAUCGCCGUCUUCCGCAGGAACAAAGCUACCAGAAAGAGGACGUCCAUCUUAGGGAGGUUCGCCCAAUCUACGACCCCACUGAAUACCCAGUCAGCGUCAACAUCGAGGUUGGAGAUGAUGCUGCGGCCGUGGAUCUCGACUACUGGACCGACCACCUCACCGCCGUGCAGGCCAGAAACGUCGCCAACACAUUUGCGAAGGCCCUCGAGAACAUUGUCUUCAAUGCCAAGCGGCGAAUCUCAGCCUUGGAUCACCUUAGCUCAAGGCAUUUGCAACAGCUACAGGAAUGGAACGUCAUGCCACCAACCGUUGACGAGUGCGUACACGAUAUAUUCGCUCGAUGGGCCGAAUCCCAGCCAGAAGAACCCGCAAUAUGCGCACAUGAUGGCGAGUACACAUACGGCCAGCUCAAAGCCGCUACAGAUCGUCUAUCACAUCAUCUUGUUCAGCUCGGGGUUGGUCCUGAGGUUUUCGUGCCCACUUGUUUCGACAAGAGUGCUUUCGCGAUCAUCGCUAUGCUCUCUGUUCUCAAAGCAGGUGGUGCUGCUGUGCCACUGGACGCAGCGCACCCUGCUCCAGCGCUACAGACACGCCUAGAAGAUGCUGCAGCUCAAGUGGUGCUAACCACUGCCUCGCGCGCAGAGAAGUUCGACGGUCUCGUGCCUAAUAUUAUUGUGUACACCUCUGAUGGCGACAUGAUCUACCUGGGUAGGAAGGACUCCCAAGUCAAACUGCACGGACAACGUAUAGAGCUAGGCGAGAUCGAACAUCACCUCAAGCUGAAUCUCCCUUCCGGAGCCAAAUCGGCGGUUGAGCUAGUCAAAUUCAACGACAGCAAUAAAACCAAGGCGCUCGUAGCGUUCAUGUGCCUAGCAGAGGAUGACGGUCCAGCUGCAAUUAGCGAGAUGAGCGAGCCGGUACGAGAAGUGGCAAAGCAGGUCGAGAUCGCACUCGCCAACGCGCUUCCUGUCUACUACGUCCCUUCCAUGUUCAUGCCGGUCACUCGCAUGCCCAUGACGACGUCCGGUAAACUCGAUCGGAAGGUCCUACGCGCACUGGCAGCUGCUCUCCCUGAGUCGCACUUAACUCCCUUCCGCCUAGCGGGUAAAAGCGGUCGCGCACCUGCUGGACACGCUGAAGUCACUCUCGACCAGAAGCAGUCUGAUGCAUUUUGGCUCUCGCAGCUCGACAAUGUCGCAGCUGCACAAUUCCCUCAGCUACCGUCUCCAGACCACCGUGUAGAAGCCAACGGCCAGUUGCUGCACACUGUGCAACUCACACGCAAUCCAAGCCUAGAGGUCACCAUUCCUUCUAUGAUCCGCGCAGCAUGGGGCAUCCUUCUUGCAACCUACUCAGGUUCAGAUGACGUGAUCUGGGGUGAGACCAACAGUGGCCGUGAGGCUUCUGUCCCUGGUAUUGAGUCCAUCAUCGGUCCUACGAUCACAACCGCACCCGUCAGACUACGGCUCAACCGUACCUUGACAGUACACGACUACCUCAAGGAGACUCAGAAGCAGUCGUCACUCUCUCUCCCAUAUCAAUUCGCAGGAUUGCAACACAUCAGCAAACUCAGUUCCGAAACAGCAAUAGCUUGCGACUUCCAAAGUUUCUUGGGCAUCGAAUCGGGCGAUGAUUUCGACGCUGAGAGCCCGCUAUGGCACAUGGUAAGCGCCAACACCAUUGGAACCGACUUCUUCAGCUAUGCGUUCGUCUUCAAUUGCAAGGUCGAUGCGACUGGUGUACAAGUCGAAGCCUUGUUCGACGAUCGCGUCGUCGAAAACUGGCUUGCUCAGCGCAUGGUCCGGCAAUUCGACUUCAUUCUCACCCAACUGAACGGCGCCGACAACGUUACGCGAACGCUGGCUGACCUUGACUUGAUCAAUCCUGCGGAUCGCAAGACAAUCAGCUCUUGGAACAGCAAGCCAGUGCCAGUCAUCCCUCGAUGCAUUCACAGUGUCAUUGCAGAGGAUCAAACCGCGCUUCGUCCUGCCGCAUCUGCUAUCGACGCCUGGGAUACUGGUGUCAUGUCGUAUCGCGAACUUGACGAGCGAUCUUCUGCGCUCGCACACCGAUUGAUUCGUCUUAGAGUAAAGCCGAAACAGUUCAUUCCUCUCUGCUUCGAUAAGUCAGGAUGGGCGAUCGUGGCCAUCCUCGCUGUACUCAAAGCAGGAGCGGUAUUUGUUCCCUUGGACUUCGAAGCACCUGUGCUGCGCCUUCGUGAGAUUGUCUCCGACCUUGAUGCCGACUUUCUUCUUUGUGCGCCACAGUAUCAGGAACUUUGCGAGUCCAUACCAUGCAGCACUCUGAUCGUUGACCGGCAGUCAACUGAAGCGUCCGUCGAUCGUGUACAAAAGCUUCCUACAGUUCAUAGCGACUCUCCAGCAUACGCGUUCUUCACCUCCGGCUCAACUGGAAAACCAAAAGGAGCUGUCAUAAAGCACACCCAUUUUGUCACCAGUUCUACGGCGUUCGCUCCAGGCUGGAAGAUCUCCAACACCUCCAGAGUUCUACAGUUUUCUUCAUACACAUUCGAUGCUUGCUUGAUCGAGAUUUUUAGCACACUCAUGCUGGGUGGAACAGUGUGCGUGCCUGAUCAGGCUUCCCGCACGAAUGAUCUUGUUGGGGUUAUCAAUAAGUUCAAUGUCAACUGGGCAACUCUCACCCCAUCAGUCGUCCGUACGAUAUCGCCCUCGCAAAUCCCCAAGCUCGAAACCCUAGUUCUUGUAGGAGAGGCCAUGUCACAACAAGAUCUGGUCACUUGGGCUGACAAGGUCACACUUGGCAAUGGCUACGGACCAACUGAAUGCGCUUGCGUUGCAACGUCCAAUAUCAUGACGCCUCACACGAAGCCAAAUAAUUUAGGUAGAGCUGUGUCAGCUCGAGGUUGGAUUGUUUCGAGGAACAACCAUCAUGCUCUUGCGCCAAUUGGUGCUAUCGGAGAACUUUUGCUCGAAGGUGGUGGAGUUGGGGUCGGAUAUCUUAAUAACCCGGAAAAGACCGCCCAAGCUUUCGUAGGAAAUGUGAAGUGGUUCGCAGACCUUGUAUGCGAAGACGCCUCAGCACCGGUGCGAAUCUACAAGACUGGGGAUCUGGUCAAAUACAACGAGGAUGGAACUAUGCUGUAUCUCGGCCGCAAAGAUCUACAGACAAAGGUCCGAGGCCAACGGCUAGAGUUGUCCGAAGUUGAACACAAGCUAUUGGAAGAUCACAUCGUGCAAAGCGCCCUGGCUUCAGUGCCUACGGCUGGACCUUGCGCGAAGCGACUAGUCGCUAUCGUUUCGCUUCAGAACAUGGCGGUCACGACGACUGACACUGACAACAGAUUGAGGAUCCUACCACAAGAAAGUGCAUCGCUGAACAUCGCCACGAUUCGAGACGGUCUUUGCGAGCGCCUGCCUGCGUACAUGAUCCCCUCUCUGUGGAUUGCAGUCGAGCGGUUCCCAUUAAUGCCCUCCGGAAAGCUGGAUCGCCGACGCGCCAUACAGUGGCUGGAAGAGAUGGAUCAGGCCACGUAUCGUCUUAUUUCAGCCGUGGGGACGGACAAUACUGAGGCCAGCGACGGAAAUCCCAUUGAAAUGAAGCUACAGGCCAUCUUCGCCAAGGUGCUGAACCUUUCUGUCGCUGACGUUCGUCUCAACCAGUCGUUCUUGCAUCUUGGCGGUGACUCGAUCGCUGCCAUGCAGGUCUCAUCGCAGUGUCGAGCGCAGGGUUUCCCAAUAAGCGUACAAGACAUCAUCCGCUCCAAAUCUAUCUCGGCCAUGGCCUCAAAAGUCGAUCUUACUCAAAGCUCACAAGUCGCAUCCGAAGCUAUCGACUUCGACUUGCCAUUCGAUCUCUCGCCCAUUCAGAAGGUCUUUUUCGAUGUUGUUGGUGAUAAGCACAACCACUUCAAUCAGACUGAACUGUUUCGUCUCUCACGAAGCGUCGAAAUCGAAGAGCUUCGAUCAGCACUGACGGUCCUCGCCAAGACUCACCCUAUGCUUCGCGGGCGCUUCUCUAAGAACGAAGCAGGAGUCUGGAAACAACGAAUCGAGAAGGACACGCCAAACUCGUUUAGACUCCGUCACCAUAGAGUCCAUGCCGGCAAUGAUGCCAACUUACGCCCCAUUAUCGACAACAGCCAGGCCACCUUGGACGUUACCAACGGCCCGACCUUCGCAAUCGAGCUCUUCGACGUCGAUGAAACAUUCUCCCAAGCUAUCGCUCUUGUCGCUCACCAUCUGGUCAUUGAUGUGGUGUCAUGGGGUAUACUCCUCGAAGACCUUCAGGGUCUACUUCAGGGUGUUCAACCAGCGCCUCAAAGUCUGCCAUAUCAUAUGUGGUUGCAACAGCAAUCACUUCAGGCCAAACAAGAGAGCGCUAGGAGAGUGUUUCCAGCUGGUGAUAUCACACCAGGAGAUCUCGAUUAUUGGGGAAUGGAGGGUCGACAAAACCUCAACGGAGAUGUAGUAGAGGGAGAUGUGCAGCUGUCUACACGAGACACUAUGCUUCUCCUCGGUGCACAGGACGCUUUAGCUACCGAGACCCUCGAUAUUUUGAUAGCCGCUCUCUUCGAAUCUUUCCGCAAAGUUUUCCCCGACAGAUCCACCAUCACGAUACACAACGAAGGUCACGGUCGUGAAACCUUCAACGCUCGCCAAGAUCUAUCUCGUACAAUUGGCUGGUUCUCCACCGUAACACCUAUUCAUCUCCCUGUCCCCUCGGAUGAGGCGACAGAUAUGAUCAGUACGAUUCGUUGGGUUCGAGACUUCAGAAACCGAACCCCGGACAAAGGACGUCCUUACUUCGCCUAUCGAAACCUUACCGAAGAAGGACAGACACGGUUUGCCAGUCAUUGGCCAGCGGAAGCUGUCUUCAACUACGUUGGAAGGCUUCAAAACCAAGACGCUAAAGACGGGCUGUUCACUUCCCUCGAUGAUGUAGACUCUUGCGAAGUUGGGGAGGACGUUCCCCGCCUCGCGCUUUUCGAUAUCACGGCAGCCAUAUCCCAGGGAGCUAUCAAACUCUCUUUUGGAUGGAACCGCAACAUGCAACAACAAGAGAAGAUCCGUGCAUGGAUUGCACAGUGUCGUCAGACACUCGUGGACGCCGUAGAAGAGCUGUUGCAAGUACGACAAGAGCGCAGCGUCAGCAACUUCAAGCACCUGCCCCUUUUCUACAACGGCACUUCUAGGCUGUCGGCGAUUCUUCCUGCUGGUAUCCAUCUCACGGAUAUUGAGGACAUAUAUCCCACAUCUCCUAUGCAGCAAGGAAUGCUUCAUACGCAAUCACGAAGUCCCGAGCUGUAUGCUUACCACACCGUGUCGCAAGUACAAUCUGCAGACGGCAGUCCGGUAGAUCCACGCCGCCUCGCCGAAGCAUGGCAAGUCGUGGUGCACCGCCAUCAAGCCUUGCGCACUAUCUUCAUCGACAGUCUUGCAAAGAAUGGAUCCAAGGAUCAGAUUGUAGUCAAGGAGAAAGCUGGAAGAGUUCAACUUCUUGCCGACUGCGACGAUAGUCAGGUUGCCAAACUUCUGCGAGAUCAAUCUCUAAUCGACUUCCGAGAAGCUGUACCACCUCACCGUAUGAGUAUAUGCAAGACAAAGACCGGCAAAGUAUGGUUUAAGCUUGAGCUUAGCCAUGCGAUCAAUGAUGGCACCUCAGUGUCUAACCUUCUCACUGAUCUUGCUCGUGCAUAUGCACGAAAGUUGACCAGGGCCGAUGCUGGACCGCUUUAUUCUGAUUACAUCGGUUACAUGCUUUCCAGAUCCGGCGAUGCGGAUCUCGCCUAUUGGAAAACGCAUCUCUCUGGAAUGGAGCCCUGCUUCUUCCCUACUCUCAACGAUGGCAUAUCAAGCUCCCCAGAAUCCGGUUCAGUCGACAUAGAAUUAGGCAGCACAGAUCGUAUCCAGGAGUUCUGCAAGCACAACGGCGUCACUCUUUCAAAUGUGCUCCAGCUUACCUGGGCUCUCACCUUACAUUACUAUGUUGGCACAUUUGAUGUAUCAUUCGGCUUGGUUGCUUCAGGUCGUGACAUUCCUGUAAGCAACAUCGACGAGGCUGUUGGUUGCUUCGUCAAUAUGGUUGUCUCGCGCUUAUCCUUCUCGGAUGAUACAACUAUUGCUCAGCUUCUCGAGGCUCUUCAAACAGGUUCUACAGAAGCUCUCUCACACCAAGGCUGCUCUCUUGCGGAUAUACAGCACGCGCUGCAGCUACCCUCACUGUUCAACACUGCUUUCACCUUCCAGAGACGCACUCUGUCGAGCGACCCAGAGGUGACUGCUCUUAUCUAUGAAGAUAUGGAAGCGGAAGAUUCCGGUGAAUACAUCGUUACUGUCAAUGCAGAUGUGACAGAUCAAAGCAUUACGGUCGACUUCGGCUAUUCGAAAGACAGGAUUCUUCCGUCCCAAGCACAAAACAUGGCAGACACUUUUAAGAAGAUCUUAGAAAGUAUCGUUGCUCGUAGUGCUGAUGAGCUUACUGUUGGCAAACUCGACGUUUUCACAGAAAGCAGCCUUCAUCAGAUCAUGGAAUGGAACCCGCAGCUUCCUCUGCCUAUUCGCCGUUGCGUGCACGAUGUCAUCCACGACCAAGCACUCACAAGACCACGUACGACAAAAGCGGUAGAAGGUUGGGACGGAUCGUUCACCUAUCAAGAAUUCGACAAGAUUACCAAUCAGCUAGCGGUUCAUCUCCAGGCUAUCGGUGUCACCACUGAGACUUUCGUUCCCAUUCUCUUCGAGAAGUCUUCGUACGCCAUUGUCAGUAUGAUUGCCAUCAUGAAGGCAGGUGGUGCGUAUGUACCGCUAGACCCCAAGCAUCCUCAAACCAGACUUCGCGAACUCAUUGAGGAUGUUGGCGCCUCAGUGGUGCUAUGCUCGCGCAGCCACCACACCAAAGCGAGCGAGGUCGCCAAGACAGCCGUGAUUGUUGAUCAGCGAUCCAUCAAGAAGCUAGGAGUGCCGGUCUCUAGCAAGCCACGUUCUGCAGCAACUCCCGACAAUGCAGCGUACUGCCUGUUCACGUCGGGUACUACCGGCAAGCCGAAGGGAACUAUCAUUCCCCACCAAGCAUUCUGUACAAGUGCAGCGGCCUUCACUCGUCGUAUGAAUAUCAACGCAACAUCGCGCACCUUUCAGUUUGCUUCGUACACUUUUGAUGCCAGUUGCAUUGAAAUUCUUUCUGCGUUGACUGUAGGCGCCACAGUAUGUGUACCAACAGAAGACGAUCGUAUGAACAACGCUGCUGGCGCCAUCCGUAAGCUGAGGGUCAACUGGUCGCUGUUGACCCCUUCCGUCCUUGGAACUAUCGAACCGGAGCGCGUCCCCGGCCUGAAGACGCUUGUAUCUGGAGGUGAAGCGCUUCCUGGACCCAUUCUCAAGAAGUGGGGCAACAGUACAUGUUUCAUCAACGCGUAUGGACCUACCGAGUGCUCAGUCGUAGCUGCUACCGCCUACAAGUCCACACUCGACCACAAGCUCAUUGUGUCUGAGCCUGGAACUAUAGUGGAAUUAGUCGCUCCCUCGAACCGAAGCUCGGCGAAAGCCUUGGCCGUGUUUUUUGCCGUCGUCCAAGACCAAGCCGUCGAUGGAGCGCAAACUGUACAGCCUGCUUCAGUCGACUUACCAGCUGCUGACGACUUACUUCUUCCGCUUAGCGACGAGCUUCGCGACAUGUGCAAGAACACCGAGAAUGGCCUGGCUGGCUCCCUGCCAUCGUAUAUGAUACCUGCCAUAUUCAUUCCAGUAACGAAAUUGCCCUGGACUUCGGCAGGUAAGCUAGACCGCAACCGCCUGCGCAGCUUAGUACAGAACCUCAGUCGCGAGACAAUGGCUAUGUAUAGGCUCACAAGCAUCGCAAACAAGAAGCAGCCCACCACCGAGGCGGAGAAGAAGAUCCACAAGGCUGUGUGCUCAGUACUGGGCCUGCCAUCUUCGGCAGUAGGCAUCGAUGACAGCUUUGUUCGCCUUGGUGGCGAUUCCAUCUCUUCCAUGCGUCUUGUUGCGAUGGCUCAUACUGAACAGCUAGAGCUGUCCUUUAUCGACAUCUUCAAGAACCCCAAACUCUCCGACUUAGCCAGAAUCGGUGCUCGGACCAGCAAACUUAACGAGCCCGAAAAGACCAUCCAGCCUUUCGAUCUAUUACCGGCUUCUCUCCCAAGACCGGAGGUAACGAGCGAAGUUGUGCAACAAUGCCAAGUUUCCAAAGAAGACCUACAGGAUGCUUACCCCACGAGUCCACUUCAAGAUGCGCUUCUCACCCUCUCCAUAAAGCAGGCGGGUGCUUAUGUCGCGCAGCACGUCUUGGCGCUCCCGAAGUCCCUGGACAUGACGAAGUUCAAGGCAGCGUGGGAGCUAGCCAUUCGGGAGAUUGACAUUCUCCGCACUAGAAUCGUACAACUACCAUCUGGUACAUUCGUGCAAGCUGUUCUAAAGAAUGACCCUGUCAACUGGAGAGAGGCAACGUCACUCAAGAGUACUGAGGACGACACGAUGAAGAUCCCCUCACAUCUUGGCGGACAUCUUGCAGCGUUUGUGGGAUACCUCUCCAGUACAGAUGUGAAUGCCUCGAAUCUCUACUGGAAGAAGAGCUUGACAGGAAUCAACGCGUACCAAUUUCCUCAGCCGUCGCAUGCUGCUCCGAUUGCAUCGCCAAAUGGACAGAUGUUCCAACAUUCUAUAAAGCUUGCGCCCCGCAAGAACACGGAAGUCACGCCAGCAAAUGUCAUUCGAGCUGCCUGGGCUUUACUACUUGCCGCCUAUACCGGAAGCGAUGAUGUGGUGUUUGGAGAGACUUUGGCCGGGCGAGACAUAGCCGUGGUUGGUAUAACAGAUAUAUGUGGCCCUACUUUGACGACCGUUCCUUCUAGAGUAAAAAUCGAUCGCGGGGCCACCGUUGGUGAUUUGCUCAACACGAUAGCGACAAACGUCACCGACCGCAUACCAUAUCAGCACCAUGGCAUUUCCGCUAUCAAAGCACUCGGCGACGACAUGGUAGCCGCUUGCGAUUUUCAGAACCUUCUAGUUAUCCAGACGGAGAACGAGGAGCUUACCAACUCUAUGUGGACCGUUCAAGACAACGAAGAGCAAGGCAACUUCUUCACAUAUCCUUUGGUCAUCGAGUGCAAGAUGGGGUCGGCAAAGACGGAAGUGUUGGCCCACUUCGAUGCGAACAUCAUCUCGCUUUGGCAUGUUCAGCGCCUCAUCUACCAGUUCGACAUUUGGAUCGCCGUGCCUCGUAUCCCAGCUUUGGCUUCAACGAAGUUGGACAAGAAGCAAGUUGGCUUGUGGCUGGAGAGUAUGGAUGAUGCAACGUAUCAGCGCAUCAUGGGAGCUGAACUUCCGGAAGAAGCGGAGGGACCUGGUGCUGCCGCACUUACAGUGCUUCGAGGCAUAUGGGCCAAGGUACUGGACUGCCCUGUCGAAGAUGUUAAGCCGUCCAAAUCCUGGUUGUCACUCGGUGGUGAUUCGAUCUCUGCAAUGAAGCUUCUCGCAAAAUGCAGAAGCGAAGGUAUUAACCUUACUCUGAACCAAGUGCUGCGCGCCAAGUCUCUUUCACGUUUAGCUGCCGAUGUCAAAUCUGUGGUCACCUUGGACCAUGAGAAAGAAGAAACCGAUAAACCGUUCGCACUCUCUCCUAUUCAACGCUUUUAUUUCGACACCGGCAGCAUCGAGAAUGGUACGCACUUCAAUCAGUCGUCAACGCUGCGCAUCUCGCGAUACGUAGACCCAGCCAUAGUUCAGCGCGCUUUGGAUUCUAUCGUUGAGUGCCAUUCUAUGUUACGUGCCCGAUUCUCCAAGGGCAAGGAUGGGCAAUGGCAGCAGCUUGUCACGUCGAAAAUCUCUGGGUCAUACGCCUUCACGGCACACGAUGUUGCGACCGCUUCUGCUGCUGGAGCCAUUAUCUCUAGUACCCAAAAGAGCCUCGACAUUCGCACCGGACCGAUCUUUGCAGUCAACCUGUUCAACCUGAAGGGUCAUCAGAUGCUCUUCAUGGCUGCACACCAUCUUGUCAUAGAUGUUGUGAGCUGGGGGAUCUUGCUUGGCGACUUGGAAGACCUGCUUGCGUCGGGCUCAGUCACAACGCUUCCAAGAGGUCUCCCUUUCCAGACCUGGUGCGAAAUGCAAUUCUCGAAUGCUUCGGAGAUUACACAACAACAGGCCAUACAACAACAGCCGCUCGCUGUUGAACCCGCGAAUUUUGCCUUCUGGGGUAUGGAUGUACGGCCAAACGUCUAUGGUGACUCCGAGAGGGAUGAGUUCGUGAUCGACAAGGAAACUUCCGCCAUGGCUUUCGAUAAUCAUCAUGUAUACAGGACGGACCUCGUUGACAUCCUCUUGACGGCCAUCUUACACUCGUUCUCUCGUGUGUUCAUCAACCGCAAGGCCCCUACCUUGUUUAAUGAAUCACAUGGCCGGGAAGCAUGGGAUGCGAGCAAUCUUGAUCUAUCACGGACUGUUGGAUGGUUUACGGCACUAUAUCCAGUCACUGUUCCUAUUGGUGAUGAUGAAGACGAUGUCAUGCACACGCUCCGUCAAGUCAAAGAUACCCGUCGCAAGGUUGCAAGCAAUGGACGACCUUACUUUGCGCAUCGCUAUCUUACAGAAGAUGGAAAGGAACGCUUUGCGAACCAUGCGCCGAUGGAAGUUUUGUUCAAUUACCUUGGCCGGCAAGAACAGUCUGGACAUAACGAUUCGCUUCUACAGCCUGCGCAAGUAGAAGGUGAUGACGACGAAACAUCUGACGUUGGUGUCAAGACUAGUCGUAUGGCACUCUUCGAAAUCUCCGCUUCCGUCUUGGAAGGUCAAAUCCAGCUCAGCUUUAUGUAUAACCGCUACUCAAAGAACCAGAAAGGCAUUCGCAGGUGGAUUGCCGAAUGCCAACGUACGCUGGAGGAGAUUGCCACGGAGCUGGCCAAGACGGAUAAACCACAACCCACAAUGGCCGAUUUCCCGCUACUACCACUGGAGUCUUACAGUCGUCUUGAUCGUGUCUUGAAGACUCUGCCGCACGCCGGUAUUCCGUCUUUCGAUCAGGUAGAAGACAUGUACCCUUGCUCCCCUAUACAGGAUGGUAUGAUUUUGAGUCAGAUCAAGUCUCCAGAAUCAUACUGGUCAUCUACGACAUUCGAAGUCAGAUCUAAGCGAGGCCCGGUCGAUGCCACCAAGGUCGUCGACGGAUGGAAGCAAGUUGUUGCCCGUCACCCAGCGUUACGCACCAUCUUCAUCGACAGUGUCUGCAAGGGAGGUGUCUUCGAUCAGAUUGUGGUGAAGAAUCCUGAUGCUGGCAUUGUCACCUACAAGUGCGCCGAUGGUGAGCUAGCUGCACUACUCGAGUCUAUCAAGCACAGCUCUCUCAACGGCAAAAAGAAACCUGUUCUUCCGCACCAGGCCGCGGUCGUUCAGACUUCGUCGGGGAAAAUCUUUGUCAAGGUCAUUGUCAAUCACGCCGUCAUCGACGGAGGCUCACUGGGCGUCAUUGGUCAGGAUCUCCAGGAAGCAUACGAAGGGCGUCUAUCCGAGGAUGGACCGCUAUACAGCGAUUACAUCAAGUACUUGCGCGCACUGCCAGCAGAAGAUGCGAUAAAAUACUGGAAAGCCAAGCUUCUCGGAGUUAGCCCAUGUUACUUCCCGACCACACCUCGGGAUCCAAGCAAACCACGACAGCUUCGGUCUCUGGACAUGCGCUUUACCCGUUUCGACGAGCUUCAUGUUCUUGCGCAGAGCAACAACGUUACUAUUGCCAACAUCCUCCUGGCAGCUUGGGCUUUAGUUCUCCGAUCCUACACCAACUCUUCCGAUGUGUGCUACGGUUAUCUUACCUCAGGAAGAAAUGUACCGAUCGAUAAGAUCGAGAGCGCGGUCGGCGCUUUCAUUAACAUGUUGGUGUCUCGUAUUGAGUUGGAACCGACAACGUCGCUUCUCGACGUCGUUGAGAAGGUGCAGUCCGACUUCGGCGAAUCCAUGCCCCAUCAGCAUUGCUCGCUUGCCCAAUUCCAGCAUGAUCUUGGGCUAUCCGGAAAGUCGCUUUUUAACACCGCCGUUUCAAUCCAGAGGCGUUCCAAUGCCGAAGAGCCCGUCUCGGACGAUUCUGGUAUUGAGUUUGAGCAGCUUGAUGGCCAUGAUCCGAGCGAGUUUGCUAUCACGGUCAACAUCGAUGCCACACGUGAUGAUGAAGGGGUGCGCUUCACCUAUUGGAGUGAUGCUGUAACCGAUGGCGAGGCGAAGAACGUGUCUGCUCUCAUGGCAAAGAUAUUAGUUCAGGCCUUGAGCAACGCAAAGCAAACCAUUGCAGAACUGGAUCUUGUAGUCAAGGGUAAACCUGCACAGCCCACAGCCGCACGUCUCAAUUUACCCAAGCCGCGUCCUUCCAUUCUCAGAUCCGGUUCGAGUAUAUCCAGUGGGUCGACCUCGCCACCUCGUACACCAAGGAUCACAUUUCCUGAUCUCGCUCCAGCGGCUCCGCUGCCAGCCGAAACACCUGACUGGAGCAGUCUCAUCAGGUCCAUUGUCAGCGAGAUGGUCCCCCAGAUUGUCGAGCAGAUCGUAGCGCAGAACAAGCUACCUACCGAACCCACAUCUGCAACAAUCGAUCAGAUGACUACACAAAUGACCGGCAUGCUUACAAGAAAGACUUCCAUGUCACAACGUGGGCGACCAAGUCUCGAUGAAGCCUCUAUCAAGGCAGGUUCUACACGAGCAGCAUCCAUACGUUCACGUCGCGCGAUGAGCAUUGCCAGUAACGCGGAGAACAGAAUUCAGACGGCAGCUGAUAUGGUUGCCACUCUUGGCGUUUUGGCUACUGAGACUUCUAGCAAAGUUGCACCAGACUUUGUCGAAAAAAAGCUUCUCAAUCUGUGGAGCGAGCUGCUGGAAAUGGUGGAGGAAACAAUCGAGCAGGAUGAUAGCUUCUUUCAACUCGGAGGCGACAGUAUCAUCGCAAUGCGCCUGGUUGGGGCCGCGAGGGAGGAAGGUCUAUCGAUGACAGUGGCUGAUGUGUUCAAAAACCCGACGUUCGCCGACAUGGCUCGGGUCGUGCGUGUUGCCGGUGAAGUCAUUGACGAAGUCAUGUCCCGAGCUGGCGGCGGAUCAGUGGCAGGCAGGAGCGUCGGAGGCCAGUCGAGGUCUCGCCUUCACGACAGAGCCCCAUCGAUCUGGAGUGAAUUCCAGGACAUGGUGUCAGACCCCAACGCCGACACUAAGAGCAUGGCUCCUAGUGAGAUGCCCGCCGAUCCGGAGCUAAACAGUCGAGAUUCAACGAUUUUCAAGAGAUGGCAAGGGCUUACGACGAACCAAGCGAGGCCUACCGCCACGCGCAAAGUGAGCCAGAAGUCGCUGUUCACACAUACAAUCCAGGAAGGGGUUGAGAGCUCUAUUAACAGGUCAGUAUCGAUGCUUGGCGAUCCCAAUGUCGAUAGCGUCAUCUCGAAAGUGCAAGUAUUCAAGGGAGGCAUCUCGGAUGUUUUCCCCGUGACUGACUUCCAAUCGCUCGCCAUCACCGGCACUCUCAUGGAGUCCAAGUGGAUGCUCAACUACUUCUAUCUUGACGGCGACGGGCCACUAGACCUUCGCAAGUUGAAGCAAGCUGCUUACCGCAUGGUACAAGCCUUCGAUAUCCUCCGCACCGUGUUCGUCCCGUACGGUGACCGCUUCCUACAGGUGGUAUUGCGCAAGCUUCAACCUGAGUUUAUAUACCAUCAAACGGACGAUGACAUCGAAACUUUUACCACGGAUUUGCGACAGAAGGAUCGCGAGAAUGGACCUAGGCUCGGUGAAGCCUUCAUCCAAUUCGUCGUUGCGAAGCAAAAGCAAACGGGACGAUACCGUAUCUUCAUGCGACUGUCUCACGCCCAAUACGAUGGAGUCUGCAUGUCAAAGAUUCUGGGUGCGCUUCAAGAUGGGUACAAUGGCCUCCCUGUCUCGUCUGCUCCAAGCUUCGGCAACUUUGUACGAGAAACUGCCAAGACCGUAUCGGGUGCCCACGACCACUGGAGAGAAGUGCUUCGUGGUUCCAAGAUGACCGAGAUUGUGAACCGAUUCGGUCCUAACUACCAGCGCUCAGCUGGCCAAUCGAUCACAUUGGAGAAGAGAGUUGAUGCGCCAAAGUUGAAGGGCGUCAAUAUCACCAGCGCGACUGUGGCCAAGGCUGCUUGGGCUUCAACUCUCUCGCACCUCGUGAGCAAGGUUGACAUUGUCUUCGGUCAUGUCAUCUCAGGCCGCAACGGUGGUGUUGCUAACGUUGAGAAUAUCGUUGGGCCCUGCUUGAAUAUGGUGCCUGUUCGCAUUGUGUACCGCCCCGAGUGGACCGUCAUGGAUCUUCUCAAGUUUGUUCAAGACCAGCAAAUCGCGAAUAUGCCGUUUGAGUCUCUCGGCUUCCGCGAGAUCACACGACACUGUACGGAGUGGCCCGACUGGACAAAUUUUUCGAGCGUCCUGCAACAUGACCAAAACAUCCAGGACGAUCGGCCAACUAUGCAGCUAGGCGAUGUCGAGUACACUAUCGGCGCGGUAGGCUCGCAAGAAGAUUUUGCAGACUUCUCUAUCCACACCACUUCUCGCGGUAACCAAAUGGAUGUCACUUUGACGUACGCCCCGAACAGCACCAUUACCGCAGAGUUUGCACAGCACGCAUUCGAUAUGCUAUGCGCCAAUGUUGCCGCCUUCUCGGAGAACCCGCACAGUCUGCUUCCAUCACUUUCGGAGCUCAGCUCCAAUAGCUCGACUAGCGUGGGCUCGGAGAAGCUGCGCAAGAAGUCCACAGAGAAACAGCCUGUUGCUCUACCAUCCGACACGGGCCUCUCGCGUCACGAGACCAGUACUCUCGCCACGACAUUGCGAUCGGCCUGGGAGCAGAUUCUGCACGAUGAACAUGGCUCACCGAUACCCAUUGACCUUGGCUCUGACUUUUUCCAGCUGGGUGGCGAUAUCAUGGGUUUGGCACAAGUCGCGUCUAUCCUCGACCAAGACGGCCUAAGAGUUAGGGUCGAAGACUUGCUUGAUAAGUCUGUGUUCGUUGAUCAAGUGAGCAUCCUCGCUGUAGAGCGCAAGAAGCAGAUCGAAAGAGAGAUGCAGAACCCUUGGGGCGAGAAGGCUAAGACAAGAAUUGGUGUUGAGGAGAAGACGAAAGAGAAGGAGAGGAGGGCCAGUGGUUUUGGGUCGCUCGCCAAGAGGAUUGGAUUCAAGAGGAAACAGAGCUCGAAUGCUAUGUAA